AGUGCCGAAUUUGGUCAACCAAAAAUGUAAUUUCAAAUUUUCUACGUGAGCCUUAUUUGGUAUAAGUUAUGGUUCGGUUGUUACUAAUGCGCUGACAUAAGUGGACGCACGUGGCAUUUCGGUAAAUAUGGAGAAGGGGAAAAAAAAGCGACUGUCGGAGUUGUGCCAGUUUAACACAAGUAUCUGCCCUCUUACUGGUUAGACUGGUCCCACCUGCCUCCCUUCUUUUGAGGACGUGCGUUUCCUUUGUUAUAGAACAUAUGUCAGGACUGGUCGUAUUUGCGUUUAGAAUUAUGAAUAUGCCUGGGUGCACUUAACUAGUUUGGAUAAUAUAUUUUAAUGGUUUUAUGCAUGCAUGUACACUAUUUGCAAGUCGUAACUAACGGUAAAAAAAGUAAACAUUGUCAACCACGCUACUACAUCCAUUAAAAACAUUUUUUUUAUCCGCCUUUGUCACGAUAAACACACUCUGGCUGUAAUGACAUCAGCUGUCAGUGUUGUCUUGUGUGGACCUUGUCCCCUCUCCAGUUUUUUGCAGGUAACAUACGUUCAUGCAGACAACAGACUCCGGUUGCAUCCAUAGUCAUCGGGAAAUCGGUUUUGCUGCACCACUGCAAGGAACACGUUAAGCAAGAAAAGCAGGAUGCAGAAAGGAUAAGGAAGAGGAAAGGAGCAGAGAAGGGAUAGUCUUCCCGUUCUGCUCAGUGUGUAUGUGUUGGGGUGCAUGAAGCUGUAGACCACUGCACUGAUGGAGAAGAGGGAGAGGAAGCCUGGCUACUUUGCCAGGCUGAAGAGACGGAGACAGCUCAAGCAGAGCCAAUCAGGGAAGUCAGUGGCUGAGCAGAACCGGGCGGAUUCGUCCGCAAAGAUGCCCGUCAUCUCCUGCCCAGACCCUGCUUUUUCUGAACCCCUGGAGAGGAUAAAACCUAACCUGCCUGGAGGCUCAGAUGGCAGCAGCAACAGGAGCAGCCAGGCCAAGCGACAGAAGAGGCCCCCCGGGACAGUGGAGUAUACCGUGGGACUCCAGGAAUCUCUAAGCAGCAUUGCUCUGAAGUUUAACAUCACCCCGAAUAAACUGGUGCAGCUCAACCGUCUCUUCUGCCGCAGUAUCUAUCCUGGACAGAAGCUGUUUGUUCCUGACGUGGGCCAAUCGGGUGCUGACUCUCAGUCUGUGGAUUCUUCUGACCCCGCCUUCCCCAGUGGCCUAUCAGAGAAGGUGUUACAGGAUGGAGACUCCAGCGGCAGGUCAGUAAGACCAUUACGACGCGUGCUGUCACCCCCGUCCGAGGACGAGAGCCCCGCCACGGCUAAGUUCAUUAAGAUGAGCUGCAAGUACUUCACUGAUGGAAUGGGUGUGGUGGGAGGGGUGAUGAUCGUGACGCCCAACAACAUCAUGUUUGACCCUCACAAGUCGGACCCCCUGGUGAUCGAGCACGGCUGUGAGGAGUACGGCCUGCUCUGCCCCAUGGAGGAGGUGGUGUCUGUGGCCCUCUACAACGACAUCUCCCGCAUGAAGCUCAAGGACGCGUUGCCGUUAGACCCACCCCAGGAUCUGUGUCCUCUGUACAGGCCCGGGGAGUGGGAGGAGCUGCCCUCGGAGCGCGACCUCAACCCCUUUAGCCGUUACGAGGCGCUGGACCCCAAACGACCCAUCGUCCUGGACGACAUCAACUCUGCCCUGUCAGAGACUGAUAUAGCGAGAGCAGAGUGUGAUCCAGCAGACAAGUCUCCAUCAGACGAGGGUUUCACAGAGCUGGAGCUUCCCUUGAACGGGAGUGCUGAGGAACCGAAGAGCGGAUCCAGACCACCUGCCACUGCUACAAGCCCGGACCAGCAAGGAGAGCCUCCAGGUUCUAAUACCCCUAAACGGGCAAAGUCCCAGGACCAGUCCCCUUCUGACUCAGUCCCACUGACCUCGCAGAGAGGGGAGGAUGAAGGACUGGUACAGAACAGAUCCAUUGAGGACACGACAGAAUCACUGCCCAUGUCAUCAAAGACUGAGAAAGACGGUGAACUCUUGAAGGAGACGCCUGCUAGCCUAGCCACAGGCCAAGGCCAAGACGACAACUCUACAGGGCAACUAGUGAACAGUGUUAGCAUUAGCGAACCAUCAGAAUCAGCAAUGGACCAAAACAGGAAGCUGAGCUUCAGUGAGACCGCUGAGGCUCUGGGAAAAUGUAUUUCUUGGGAACCCAGCCCUGCAGGCGAGCUGCAGAACGGACCAAUGGUAGAGGAGGGGCUGAGUGAGGAAGAGGAGCGGAAGAGGAGCAACAAAGCGGAGGUGAAGUCAUGGCUGCUGGAGCGGAUGCAGGCGCCCAUCCAAAACACGCUUCUGUCAACGGAGGAGAAGAGUAAGAUCCCUCCCAUGUUCCUUUGCCUCAAGGUGGGCAAGCCCAUGAGGAAGUCCUUCGUCAUUAGCCGGUCAUCCAGCCCCGCUCACACGAGAGGAAAGCAGUCGGAGUACUGGUUUGCUGUACCCCAGGAGAGGGUGGACCACCUAUAUGCGUUUUUUGUCCAAUGGUCUCCUGACGUGUACGGGAAGGUGGCCAGGGAGCAGGGCUUCGUGGUCGUGGAGAAGGAUGAGCUCAACAUGAUCGAUAACUUCUUCAGUGACCCCGGGACCCCUCACAGCUGGGAGAUCAUCACCAUCAACGAGGCGACGCGCAGGCAGACUUCUGGCAGUUACGAAGGGGAGGAGCCUUUGGGGGAUCUACUGCCCAUGCUCAGUGACCCUAGCACUCUGCUACAGGACACACACAUAGAGAAGCUUGUGUGUCGGCUGCCGGCGCGGGUGCAGGGGUAUCCAUGGAGACUGGCUUACAGCACGGCAGAACACGGGACCAGCCUAAAGACCCUGUACAGGAGCCUAUUGGAUGUGGACAGCCCUGUGCUACUGGUUAUCAAAGACAUGGACAACCAGUUGUUUGGGGGAUACUCUACCCAUCCCUUCAGAGUAAGUGAGCACUGCUAUGGCACGGGAGAGACCUUCCUCUUCAGCUUCUGCCCUGAGAUCAAGAUGUACCGCUGGACUGGGGAGAACUCCUACUUUGUUAAAGGCAACAUAGAUUCUCUUCAGAUGGGAGGAGGAGGAGGUCAGAUAGGGCUGUGGGUGGACGCUGACCUGUACCACGGCACCACCUCCAGCUGUGCCACCUUCCACAACCAGCCCCUCUCCCCCCAGAAGGACUUCAUCAUCCACAGUGUGGAGGUCUGGGCCUUCGAGUAGCCUCCCUCCACCUCCAGUCUCCGCCAAACCUCACCCACACUGGUGGGAACCCAGACCAAGCUUCAACGCCCACCCCUUUACCAGAAUGGGGAGCUGACGAUUUGAGAUGGUGUAUGUCAUGGUUUAUGCCAGCCGGUUUGAUGUGGUUGGAAUCUGGUUUGUCCUGAGUGUGGCGGAGGUGUGAAAAUCUGUGGUUGGUGUAUUUCCCUCUCUCUCUAUUUGCUGCCUUAAGGUUCUCGCAUGCUUCCUAGUCGAAAUGUGGCGCGUCGGUUCACUCAUUUAUUAUGACAGGAUUUUGUGACGUUUUUGUUCGUUUUGGUGUUUGGCAGGGUUUUUUCCAGCUGUUCACACACACUUUUUUUUUUUCUUGAGACAAGUUAAGUGAUUGGUCAAAAGUAGGGAUUCUUCAAUGAAGUGUUUGUCAUUCAACGAGAGAUGACUAGUUUUCAUGCAAAUUUAUUCACUUAAAAUACUGCACCAAACAUCUUAGCUAGAUGUAAAAUUGCAAAAAACUAAAAAUAACUACACUUUUGUUAAUUUCUCUGAUUUAUUCAAACUAUUUUGAGGAAGUGUAUACUGACUAUGUUGCUACGGCGUCUCAAGAGGGACAAAACGUAAUAUUGCUGCUUUUUUUCUCGAAUUUCAAGCAGUCAUUUAAGGGAGUAUGUGAGGCACAGAUGUUCGUCUAGCUGAGUUCUGCUACUAGCAAACCGAAUCUAGCAUGCAGGCACCUUUUUUAUACCUACCAUGCCACAGCUAUCCCAGCAUGCAGCCUGCCUGCAGAACUCAACUUCUACCCACUCGGAGGGGAGAAGUAGAGUGACUCAAGUUCCUGGAGGAUCAGAGGCGAUUCUGCUGCAGUUGUCCUUGCUAACGAAAUCCGUCAUAGGUGACUAUAAAACACAAUAUUAAAACAAUUCAUUGUGAGAUUUUUGUAUUAGGGAAGUGUCUAGUAGUGGGUACAAUGCCCAUCAAAAGGGAAUAAGGCAUCUGGUGAAGUGAAUAAACAACCAUCAAUUCUCUACAAACGGAGCCAAUCAGAUUGCUCCUUUUUGUUAUCAACCAGAAUAAUCUUAUUUCCCUGAGAUAUUAAGAACUGAUGUGAAAAGAGGAAGCAGGUGAAAGGGAAGAAGUUUUAGCUAGUGCUUUUGAGCCUCAUUUCUCUAACAAGCACACAUCUGCCCCAAACCCACUUUAAAUAUAGGAGUAAUUGUUUACAAAGAGAAGAGGUUUGCAUUCACUGAAGGUUGUAUUGUUCUCAUGUCUACAGUCCUAUAUAGACUGAAUGAGAAUGUUGCAUUUCAUUACCCUCGCUUUCCAAAACAACUGCCCACUAAGGAAACAUACAGUGCAUUCGGAAAGUAUUCAGUCCCCUU